UUCAUCUUCAGCUGAUGACAAGUGAGAAAACAACCAUUGCAAAUUUGCAAUAUUGCAUGGUGCCGUGACUGCCGUCACCUAGGGCUUUCACAGCACUAACACUCCCAAGUCCCAAUUCCCAAAUCGAAGCUGCUCUCCGCCUCUCCGGCCUCCGCCAGUCCGCCGCGCUCUACGCCUCCUGUCGGCUGUGUCCUGCCGUGCUGGUUCAUCGCUGCCGAGUGUCGAAGACGAAGCACCAAGAUCUCACUGGUUCAUCGCUGGUUCAUCACUGCUCAUCUCUGGCUCGCUUAGGGGAGACUAGGAUUUUUAUGUCGAGACCAAGCAGGCUUCAUUUACGUUCACUCAGCGACUAAACCAGAAAACCCCGCCGCCGGCAGUGUGCCACGAGCCAGGGGCAUUUGGGACAUCUUCAGAAUCUUUCAAGCCACCUACAUUCAAGCCGUCGGGCUAAUUCCGAUAAAGACGACGCCAAAUUUAAGAUCUGACGGAGAUUUCACAUUAACGAUAUGGCCAAAGAGAACAACUCCUCCGCUAUGGAUGUGGACAACCAGAAUUCGGAAUCCGUUGAUCAGAUUAAUAGCCCUAGGUUCUCUAUCAAUGUUUUGCAGCUCUUGAAAUCCGCUCAGAUGCAGCAUGGAUUGCGGUUUGGCGAUUACGCUCGUUACCGGAGGUACUGUACUGCUCGGCUCAGGAGAUUGUACAAGUCGUUGAAAUUCACGCAUGGCCGUGGUAAAUAUAGUAAAAGGGCGAUUACAGCUUCUAUGGUCACUGAAGUGAGGUAUCUUCAUGUGGUUCUUUAUACAGCAGAAAGAGCUUGGAGCCAUGCUAUGGAAAAGAAAACGCUGCCAGAUGGUCCAAAUGCACGUCAGCGUGGCUAUCUGAUUGGUAGGCUGCGAAAAGCAGUCAAAUGGGCUACUUUGUUUCAAGACUUGUGUUCCAUUAAGGGAGAUUCUAGGACAUCUUUGGAAGCAGAGGCCUAUGCAGCUUAUAUGAGGGGAAAUUUGUUAUUUGAACAAGAUCAGAAUUGGGAAGUUGCACUGAAGAGUUUCAAAAGUGCCAGGGCUGUUUAUGAGGAACUUGGGAAAUAUGGAGACCUUGAGAACCAAGUUUUGUGCCGUGAGCGGGUUGAGGAAUUAGAACCUAGCAUAAGAUACUGCUUACACAAAAUUGGCGAGUCAAAUUUACAAACUUCUGAAUUGUUACGCAUAGGUGAAAUGGAAGGACCUGCUUUGGACCUGUUUAGAGCAAAGUUGGAGGCUGUUAUGUCUGAGGCUAGGUCCCAGCAGGCUGCAUCAAUGACAGAAUUCCAUUGGCUUGGGCACCGAUUUCCAAUAUCAAACGCAAAAACAAGGGUGUCCAUACUGAAAGCUCAGGAACUGGAGAAGGACAUUCAUGGCCCAAAAGCAGACUCUCUUCCGGCAGAUAAAAGACUUGCCACAUUUGACAAAAUAUUUGCUGCAUAUAAUGAAGCCAGAAGCUGCAUUCGCAAUGAUUUGGCUAGUGCAGGAAAUUCUGAAAGCAUGAAAGAUGAUCUUAGUGGCCUUGAUAAAGCUAUUGGUGCUGUUUUAGGACAGCGAACCAUCGAAAGGAACCAGUUAUUGGUUAGCAUUGCUAUAAGCAAACUCAAUAAGGUCCGUGAUGAUAAGAAUGAAAAAGUUACCAAGCCUGAAGAGCUUGUCCGACUAUAUGACCUUUUGUUACAGAAUGCUGCUGAUCUUUCUGAUUUAGUUAGCUCUGGAAGAGAUAGAAAGCCAGAAGAGUUGGCUUUUGCUGAAGAGUGUGAGCUCAAAAGUUUGGUUUUCAGAGCUGAAAGGUGUUUCUAUUUAGCCAAAUCCUAUAGUUUGGCUGGAAAGAGAACAGAAGCCUAUGCUUUGUACUGCAAAGUUCGCUUUCUAGCUGAUACAGCCCUUAAAGAGCUUCAAAAUUUGAAGACAGCUGAUCAGGCUGUGAUAAAGGAGUUGCAGACACUGCAAAAAGAAAGUAGAUCAAACAGCUGUAUAGAGCAUGCAUUAGCCAUCAUGGAGGAAGAGCAGGCUCCAGAAAAGCUAUCACAAAAGAUUUCAACUAUAUCAUUGACUGGAAAGGAUAAGAAGUUGGAGAAAUUUCUUAUGGACAACCUGGAUGUGUAUGAAUCAGCAGUGGAUGCCAGUGUCAAGUCAAUGUCACGUAUUGAGCGCUUCCCACCUUCAUUCCAGGCAGCUGCUCGGAGUCCAAUAGUUCUUGACCUGGCAUAUAAUCUAAUAGAAUGCCCAUCACUGGAGAACAGGACAAAGAAGGACAAGAAAAGCUUUUUAGGUAGACUUUGGAGAUGAGUAGGUUUAUUGCGGAGUAUUUUUUUUGUUUUGCGAGUUUUUAUAUCCAUCCAGUGAGUGAUACUCGUGAAAGAUUGACCAUUCAGCGACGAUGAGUUGUGGCAACUUUUGUGGCACUCGGAAAAGAUUCAAAUCGCCAUCAAAAUUUUGGCUCUCUAGAUUCUGUAAAACAAUAGAUGGUACUUCGAAUUGAAUUACAAUAAUAAUUUGCGAAUUUUGUAAUUUAAUUGGUUACGUGGCAAAUCAAGGAAAAUGACCGAGUGAGAUUUGGAGACUUUAA